UGUCACCGAGUAUACGCGGCAGGCAAUAAGUUGACGGGAAGGAAGGAAGGUCUAGGGCACGCGAAUCGUGCGCGAAUCAUCGAACGCGAGAAAUGAAUCCGCGAGAUCGCGCAAGGGGGCGCGUAUAAUUAAUUGACAUUGCCGAGGAAAUUCGGAGUAAUCAGAAUUUCGAGCUGCGUGCCGUCUUACCCGUUUCGCAGAGAAGUUUAUCGCAUCUCACAUUAAAUCGGAUCCGAGUGUAGAAACCGUCGAAGAUAGACGACCUCGUCGCCCCCUUAUUGUCUGCCGAUCGAUUACAAAAUUCGCCGAUUUGAUCAUGAGCGUACGUUGUUGCUUGAUUAGUGCGGGUCGUCUAGCAUCCUCUAACCAUGUUGCCAACCAUGUGCACAAAAUUGUGAGGGUUGUGGCCAGUAGAACCUUGACAACCAGUGGCAGCUUGGCGAAAGCUCCGACUGAGCCUACACCACCUUCCAAAGAUACUAUCUCGUCGAGCGGGGCCUCUAGUAAUGGUACUGGAGGUGGAAAAAAGAACACGCUCACCUGUCCAAAAUGUGGAGACCCUUGCACGCACGUUGAGACAUUCGUGUCAUCUACUAGGUUUGUCAAGUGUGAGAAAUGCCAUCAUUUCUUCGUUGUACUGUCAGAGAUUGACUCGAAAAGGAGCUUGAAAGAAGCACUAAGACCGGAAGAUAGUAAACAAGGAUUUUACAGAAAGCCACCUCCACCUCCAAAAAAAAUAUUUGAAUAUUUGAAUCGACAUGUGGUGGGUCAAGAAUAUGCCAAAAAGGUGCUGAGCGUUGCCGUUUACAACCAUUACAAACGAAUCUACAAUAAUUUGCCAGUACAAAAUUCGCAAACGCAGACCAACACUAAUCCGGUUGGCACGCAGGAAACAAAUCAUCCCUUCACUCACAGAGGUCUUAAACCACACCUGCUGCAUAUAUCGGGGAUUGGAAACCCGUUUCCAGGAGUCGGAUUUCAGCACACUGUUAAUCCGGGAGGCGAUCAGAAAUCGACGAGCAGUCAAACGGCUCCGGGAUCGGCUAUACUAGAUAGCAAGCAGCACCUGCUGAAAUUAGAGAAAAGCAACAUUUUGCUACUUGGCCCGACGGGCUCUGGGAAAACGUUGCUCGCACAAACUAUAGCGCAGUGCCUCGAUGUCCCGUUCGCUAUUUGUGAUUGUACCACCCUGACGCAAGCCGGUUACGUCGGUGAGGACAUAGAGAGUGUCAUAGCCAAGCUCCUGCAGGACGCCAAUUACGUAGUGGAGCGUGCACAGAUGGGCAUCGUCUUUCUGGACGAGGUCGACAAGAUAGGAGCCAUUCCCGGUAUCCAUCAGCUGCGAGACGUGGGUGGGGAAGGUGUGCAGCAGGGAAUGCUGAAGAUGUUAGAAGGAACGAUCGUGAAUGUACCAGAAAGGAACAGUUCGAGAAAGUUGCGCGGGGAGAUGUUACAAGUGGAUACUACGAAUAUUCUUUUCGUCGCGUCGGGGGCGUACAGUGGUUUGGACAGACUGAUCGCGCGGCGCAAGUCGGAAAAAUAUCUCGGAUUUGGCGCGACGCCCGCGGCCGAGAGUCCGGGUAGGCGGGCAGCAACUUUGGCCGACGUCGCCAAUAUGUCACCUUCAACCGAGAGGGACAAUAAGGAGAAGGACAUGCUUCUGCAACAGGUAGAGGCUAGAGAUCUCAUCGAUUUUGGCAUGAUACCCGAGUUCGUCGGCAGAUUUCCCGUACUCGUGCCUUUCCACACCCUCGACAGGGACAUGCUGACGAGAAUUCUCACUGAACCGAAAAAUGCCAUCAUUCCUCAGUAUCAGAUGCUAUUUUCAAUGGACAAGGUGGAAUUGACGUUUGAUAUUGAUGCGUUGAAUGCAAUUGCCUCUUUGGCAAUGGAAAGAAAAACGGGGGCACGUGGUCUGCGUGCGAUAAUGGAAUCUUUACUGUUGGAACCUAUGUUCGAGGUACCAGGAAGUGAUAUAGUAUCGGUUCAUAUAACAGAACAGUGCGUAAAAGGCGUCGAAAAACCACAAUACGUUAAACGAGAUGAUAGCAAUGAGGAUGAUAUUCAACAAGCGCAGCAUGUACAUAAUUAACAAAUAAUUAAAGAAUGUGACACUUUGGUAUAAUUUUUUUUCUUUAUCGAUAGAGAAAUAUUUUUAAGUGAGAAUUGAAUUUAGCACAUUCGUAAAUAUUGUUAUUUUAAUUAUUUUAUAGAAAACAAUGUUUUCUUCUAUAUACUACAUAAUUUCGUAUGUAUAAAAAUAGCACAGACAACGCAUAUAAUUUCUUUCAAAUGUCUUGCAUAUUGUGGAGAAUUUAUGCAGAAUGACUCUUAAAUUUUAAUGAUUUUAUUGCUGCAGUACAUUUUUAUUACUUUCGGAUUUUGUAUAAUAUUAGACUAUUUGUUGCAAUUAGUUAUAUAUACUAUACACUUGAUAUAUUAAAAAGAUUAAUACAUAUUUAUAUAAUUUUUAGUUAUUUUAUAACUAAAUAUUGAAAGUAGACAUGAAUAUAUUUCAAAUAAUUUUGACUUGACGGUAAUAUUACCAAAUUAUAUGCAUAUCUUGCAUUUUGCUCAUUUCGAAACUUCCUAAAUGCUUUUUUUCUAAAGAGAAGUGUUACAUAAAAUAAAAAAACCUGUGAAUAAAAAGAAUAUCUAAACUAAAUUUUUCAUUGGCAACAAAGAAAGUAAAUAGAAAUUUUGUAUUAUUUAAUUUAUUCAUUUUCAUAUUGCAGGAAAAGUUUAAAACCCACAGUUAGUACCAUUCCACAUUCAAUCAAGUUCUGCAUCAUGCAUGCAUUUAUCGAUGGUAGCAACAUUGAAAACAAAACGUCGUAACAUUCUUUCAUAUUUAAUAACAGAAUAUAUUAUAAAGAGAUUAUAAUAAUAUAUAUUCUCAGUAUAAUUAUCAAUUAACUUGAAAAUGUGAGGUACAAAUAAUCAAAUUCGUAUAACAAAGUUUAAAUUGAUCAAAUAAAGAAACACUGCAUAUUAAUUAAACACAAUUGCAAGUAUUGUAAAAAAAAA